GCCAAUCCAAGUAGGAGCACUAGCCACAAGGUGCGACAGGUCGCGGGUCAUGUCAGCAUCUGUGGGGAAGCCUGUGCUGUGGGUCUGUAGUAGCGUUGGUGCACAAUCUGUCAGCAUGUCUCCUGAGCGGUGUCGGGGCUGUGGGUGUGAGAUCGGAUGUGAGGUAGCAUGCACGCCGUAAGCUGGCGGGCCGUGGCAUGUUCGGUGUGGCGUGUGAGCCCACGCUAGAGCGCCGGGCAUGUCAGACGGCGGGUCGAGGCCCGUCUGGAGGCACUGCAAGCACUGCCCCAAGCAACGCGCCUUCAAGACAGCGGACGAGUUUCGGAUGCACUUGCGCGAGCGCCACUGCACCAAGGAAGGCGGUUCGUUUGUGUGCCGCUACGGUGAACAUGAAGUGUGCGCGUCGUUGCCCCUCGAGGGCGUCAGCGACGAGGACUAUGAGGCGCACGUCGCCAAGCACCAUCUGCUUCGUGAGUACUGGCCGGACGCGGUGGCCGAGGCGCGAUGGACGUUGCACCGUUCGGCACAGAACUUACCGGCGGUGCUGAACGACCCGCGCCGCAGCCGCCGCGAGGUCGACUUCUUCACGCGCACCUGGGGGGACCACUUCACCGAGGCGCCGCCGGCCGGCGGGGAAGGGCCCGCAGCGCGGAUCACCCGCCAGCUGUUCGACCCGUAUCUGGCGCGAUGCGCGCGGUCGCGCCGGCCGUGCUCGUCGGCGACGGCGACCCCGGAAGCUGCGCCCGCUGCUGGAAGCGAACUCUGCCUGCCCGCCGUGUUCCUGGGUCCCGAGCUGCGGCUCGAGGAGCCGGCGACGUUCGCGCAGGCCAUACCGUGGGCGGCGGGGCCGUCGCGGCUUCUUCAGGAGCGGCUCACGCACUACCUGGACCUGGUCGAGGUCCAGCUGGCGCGCCAGGUGUCCCUGCGCUCGGACGCGUUCUUCCAGGCGGUGCGAUCGCACGACGUGCUCGCCGAGCGGUUGUCGUCCUGCGCGUCGGUUGCGGCGGGGCUGCGCUCCCAACUGGCCCGCGCGAGGGACCAGCUGGCCGGCGGUGGGCUGCGGCUACUGCUGCUGUGGCGCCGCCGGGCGCGGCAGCGGACGCUGUGCGCCAAGCUCCAACUGCUGGCCACUCUGCACGAGGCGCAGCCCACCAUACAACGGCUCCUGGCCAGCGGGGACUUCGCGCGCGCCCUCGAUUUCAUCGAGGCGAGCCGGGAGAUCGUGGCUCUCGAGCUGGCGGGCGUCCAGAGUCUGCGCCACCUAGGCGCACAGUUGCUGGAACUAGAGCGGCACAUCGAGCGGAGCAUGGCUGCCGACCUGGCCCGGGGCCUCAGCGCAGAGCUGAACAGGCCGCCCGACGACCUGGCCCCCAUCGGGCAACAGGAGGAGGAAUCCCUGACAGCCCUGGUGGCAGGCAUUCUGCGUAUGAACCGGCCGGCGAGCGCAGACUUUGCAACGCUGCUGCGUGAAGAGGCAUGCACGGCCCUGCAGGCAGCUGUCAAGGCAGCCCUGGCUGAGGGCAUGUCCCAGGGCGACGCGUGGACUGUGCUGCUCGAACGUGCUCUGGAUGCUGCCGAACUCGUGCUGCGGCGCACCUGCAACCUGGCACGGCUGCAGCACUGCGCUUUGGCUGCACAGGCGGUGGAAGGGGCCACCCUGGAAGCCGAGGAAGAGGCCCGGCUCGAGCAGGCUCGACGGAGCGCCCUGGCUGCCGUAGCCGAGGUAGCUCAGGAGCGCUGCGCACGGCUCGUCCCGUCCGACGCGCACCGGUCGCUGCUCAACACAGGCAGCUUCCCCGCACUGUGCCGCCGUGCCGAGCAAUGUGCCGAGGAUUGGGCGCAGCUGUGUGAACACCGUAGCCAAGGCAGCCUGGUGCUGGCGCUGCGCACUCAGGCGGAUCGGUUCGUGAGCCGCUUCCAUGAGGAGCACAAAGCCAAGCUCAGCCUGCUGCUCGAUGGCGAGGUAUGGGCACGGGUGGACGUGCCAACCGAGCUGCAGAGCAUGGUGGACCAGUUCCUGGGCUCCCAGAGCCCACACACGCAGGGGGGCAGUGCACCCCACUUGACGCUGGACGAGCAGCGCUACAGCGUUGCUGGCAGCACGCUGCUCUUGCUUCGCAUGGUGCUCGAGUACUGCCAGUGCGCGCGGGACCUUCCCUGGGUUGGACUGAGCCUGGCGGCCAAACUGCAGGAGCUGCUCCGGCUCUUCAACUCGCGCACCUCCCAACUCGUGCUGGGGGCCGGGGCGCUUCAGCGUGUCGGCCUCAAGACCAUUACUGCCAGCAUGCUGGCCCUGGCAGCCCGCUGCCUGCAGCUGCAUGUGGCGUUCUUGCCUCGUGUCAAGUCGCACUUUGAGCAGCACCUGGUGGCUCGCAAGGACACAGCCAGGCACUUCGAUGCCAUUGCCAAGGAGUAUGCCGAACAUGUGACGGAGAUCUUCACCAAGCUGGCCAGCAUUGUGAGCAAUGUGCUGGACGGGCAGCUUGCCGAGUGGGAGGUAAAGGCACCUGUGCCAUCACCAGCCUUCCGGGGGAUUGCCCGCCACCUGACCAAGUUCCACACUGCCGUGGCAGAGCUGCUGAGCCCAACAGACGUGGGAGCCCUCCUGCAAGCCGUGCACGCCACAUUCCGGUCCCUGCUAGCACGCCACCUGGCACGUCUGUCCAUAAGUCGCGAUGGAGGACCUCAACACGGGCUGGUCACCCAGGAGCUGAUUUUCUACGCCGAACACCUGCGCAGCCUGGGUUGUCUUGUGGCAGACAGCAGCAGCCUGUGGCAGCAGGACGAGUUUAUUGAGGCAGCUGCUGGGCCAGGGGCUGUGUGAGCCAGUAGGCA